AUGCGGCACCAUUUUCUUUUCUGUUUAUCUUCUUCCCGUACGAUCGCGUCUGAAUCUUACCAUGUGUCCAUAAUCUACGGUUUUGCACAUGCUCGGGCUUACUAUUUAUUUCAAGCAUGGCGCUCCGUCGUAAACUUUGGCCUCGUUUACGCGGAAGCAAAAGCACACAAAACUCUGCUUCAAUUCGUGCUGUAG